CCUACCAUAAUAUGUAGGGCGAAGAAGAAGACCGUGGCGUCACCGCAGCACCGGAAGUUUUUGUUAGCAGAGGAAGAUAAAAGCUACCAAGAGUUUUCUUUCUGUAUUUACAGUUAAUAAAUCGGAGACAUGGUUUGUGAAAAAUGUGAGAAGAAGCUUGGCAGAGUGAUCACUCCGGACACCUGGAAGGAUGGAGCCCGGAACACAACAGAAAGUGGAGGGCGCAAGUUAAAUGAAAACAAGAUGCUGACAUCUAAAAAAGCCAGGUUUGACCCUUACAGCAAGACGGGCUUUGCUAUCUGCAGGAUCUGCAAGAGCUCAGUUCAUCAGCCUGGAUCUCACUACUGCCAGGGCUGCGCUUACAAGAAAGGAAUCUGUGCGAUGUGUGGAAAGAAGGUUCUGGAAACCAAGAACUACAAGCAGACGUCAGUGUGAUGCGUUGCUGGUUUGCAUGAGUGCAGGAAGAGAAAAAAUAGACUGAGAAAGAGGCAUCAGAAGUGACACAGUUCUCUUUAUUUCGGAUUAUUGUAUCACAUCACUGGAAAUGUCCCAUUCACAAGCAGACAGCGCCAGCUCCAACCAGAUCACCUGACUCUAAAAUAACGGAUGCUGAAGGUUUUUGUCCGAUUUGUAAAUCCAGCACCUAAACUAACCUUUCUUCCUUUUUUAGUUUUAUGUGCAUGUAAUAUAUUGUGUUAAACUUGAGUGAAAUAAAGUUGCCAGUUUGGCAAAAUGGUUUGUUUCCCUCCAGCCAUAACGGAGUAUAAUUUUAGCCUCUUACGCAAGCAAAGACAAAUUUCCUCUUUGUGUCGUAAUAAUUGGUUUACUCUGAUAUAAUCAUAUUUUGAAACUGCCUGCCUCACUGUCAGCUGUGACCCUUCUCAAUCCCCAACAUGGAGGUUGUAGUUCAUAGCGUUCCCUCUUUGAUAUUUAAAGGGCUAACUCUGCCUCAGGCCUAUGAAUACAUGGACACACUAAUAUUUUAAUGUUUCAAGGUUUGUCAUGUAUUUACAAGCAUGGUCAAGGCUCUACCGAAGAUGGGUAAUAUAAUGUACAGUGUAGCAAUGUGUGAUUAAUGUUACUAAAACAUUUAAGCUCAUUUGCAACAACAAGGUUUCUACACGGUAGUGAAUUGAAUUAACUCACAUCAAGAUAAUUAAAAGGUAGUAAAAUUUGACAGUAAAUUUUUUUAUUACCCCUUCACUAUAUUCUGACUUUUCCACUGAUGCUGACUUGUUACAAGUUAAUUUAACAAAACA